UUUGGUUUGCGUCACGGAGCUCUACGAACCUAAACAGAGUCAUAAAUGAUAAUAAGGGAGCCAAACAAAAUGGAAUUAGUUCAGUGAGAGAAGUUUUGGUGUUGUAAGCCUGGCGUGGAAAACUACAGUCACAGAACGCGGACAUGGCGGACAACAAAGCGAUCGAGCAGCACCUCACUAAGAUGACCGUGUUGGGAGGUCGAUUCCAACUAGGUGGCUUAUACGACUAUCGAAACGACUACGCUCUUCCAGAUGGUCAGUAUUGGGAAUCGCAUGAUGUGGCAUCCGCCACUCGAGUCGACGACCAGUUCAAGCUCGAAUUAGAACGACCGGACUCUGAGUUUACUAACAGCAAGUGGGAAAACAUGGGACUUGACGAUCACCUGAAAGCCACCGUCAUAGCUGGUCUUAUUGAAAAGUACCGCGGUGCUGUUGGCUACCUGAAUCACCGACAAGGACUGGAACAAGUCAGUCGAACAUUAAUUUGCCGGAUUAGCAAAUGGCAAGAAAAUUUAGAUAUAGGCCUACCAACUCUCUUUAAUAAAAAGACUCCACUUAAUCAUGGUUCUGGAGAAGACAUAUCGCCCAAAUCGGAAAUAUGUCCAACCCAUGUUGUGACUGGAAUAACCUACGGAGUGGAAGCUUACUGUGUACUAACGCAGGAGCUCAACGACAACAAAAAAGACGAAGAGGCUCGAGAGGCUGCCGAGGAAUACCUGUCAAACAUAGCGGCCAAGAUGGAAGAAGCUUUAAAAGAAAACUUUAAUUUAACGGAUUUUAAGGAUCAAUUGAAAAAAGAAGAGAAAAAACAGAUGAGCCGUUUGAAAUGUCAUUUAUACGUUGAUCUCCAGACUAAGGCUAUCCACGAAUGCAGCGUCCUCGAGGCCUACAAAUACUGUCUCAAACUCAUCCAGCAAGUUCGAAAAUCUGAUGUCAGAAACACCAGCAAAGUCGUCCCGAUUGCCGUCCACCUUUUCCCUCUUAAAGUGAUCAUGGAGCAAGCUGGAGGAGUACUGGGUGGUGCACCAAUCCAAUACCAAGACGUCGACGCCGAAUUGAUAGAUCGUUGUUACCAAGUUUUGGAUAAACUGGAGCAAGUCGAUGCAAACAUCGACGUCGUCCGUAAAAGUAACAAAGAAUUCGGCUCUGCCUCUUUCAAUCAGCUUGAAAAAACUUUAACUAAAUACAAAGAACUUAUGAAAAUGAGCUUAAAAAAUGGAGUAAUGAAGACCCGUAAAAACGGUGACGAGGACGAGAUGGAAACAGUCGUCAAUAUUGUCGAAACUCACCCACUUUUCAGCCCGUCUCAACUGAAACGUUGGCUUCGCUACAAACAGGCCGAAUUCGAAAUGAUAAGUAAAAUAACGAAGAACAAAAUUGUCCUCUUGGCUGACCAAAAAGAACUUGAAAAAGAACUGUCCGACUCUUUGAAUAAGAACUACGCUCUGGUGAUGAGCGUUCCGCCGCUGGAUGAGCGGACGAACGAUAUCCUAUUAGAGAUGAAAAAUUACGUUGAAACCUACACGAGACUAGUAGACGAAAUAGAACACUCUACUAGCAAUGAAGACAGUGAUGAAAAUAACGGCGAGGCUAAGGAAGAUAAACCAUGGCACAUGAUCGAAAGAAAACAGAAGGAUGUGCUUAUGAAAGUCAGCGAGUUUGCCGCCUACGCGGAUAAGAAUAAACACCUGGAGAACAAAGUUCAGUUCUUAAUCUUAUUUGGGGAGAGAGGAAGCAAGAAACUCUCAUGCCGCUAUUCCGUCUAUGAAGACGAAACUCUACUUCAGAGCAAGAUGAAACAAUUGCCCGGGCCUCCCACUAUGCUGCAGGUUCGCACCUCGGAGAUCAGAAAUACAAACAGUGCUGAAAUCAACAUUUAUGUAAAGUGGAAUUAUGAAGACCUCGAUUUCCCGUGCCACUUUAUCGUGGAAUACCAGUUGAAUGACAAACCUGGUAAAAUACAACGAAAAACGACGAAGCCGGGCGAAUCUCAAAUGAGGAUCCCAUACAAAAUCGGAUCGACGAUGAAGAUUAGAGUGGCGACCGACUCUUGCAUCGGCCAAAGUGAAUUUAGCGAAACGAUCGACGUAGAAACGGUCUUGGAAGCUAACGAAAAUGAAGAGGCGAACUUGGAAAACAAAUCGGAACAUACGAUAGAAAUUUCAAAAGCAGAAAUUCCCGCAACAUCUGUCAAAAACGAGACUGGAAAUGGCGGACAUGAAACGAUUUCUGAGGUCCGUUUCGCUGAAAGGAUUGCGAAAAAUUGCAAAACUAUCGGAAGGCUUAACGGGAUGGAUUUGUAUGCUGUUCCUCUGAUUCAAUCCACCGAGUCAAGUCCAUCGGCCCAACGUUUCACCUUCAAAGAAACCGACGGCCUUGAAGGAAAGAUGCAGCACAAAACGAUCCUGAUUAUGGGCGCCACCGGUUCCGGCAAGACGACGCUCAUCAACUGCAUGAUCAAUUACAUUUUCGACGUGCAGUGGGAAGACCCGUUCCGUUUCCAGCUGAUCCAAGAACAGGUGACCGGAAGUUCGAAAGCUGAGAGUCAGACGAGCCACAUCACGGCUUACGUCAUCCAUCACGCGGAGGGAUUCCGCAUCCCUUACUCUCUGACUAUCGUCGACACGCCCGGCUACGGCGACACCAAAGGCCUCGACCGGGACCAGGAAAUCACCAACAUGGUUCGCAAGUUUUUCGAAGACGACAGAGGCAUCCAGGAAUUGGAUGUGAUCGGAUUUGUCGUUCAAGCUAGUCUUCCUCGUUUGACACCAACUCAGAAAUAUAUCUUCGACUCGGUGCUUUCAAUCUUUGGAAACGAUGUGAAAGAGAACAUCAACUUUUUGUUACCUUUCGCCGACAGUCAGGUGCCGACUGUGUUGAAGGCCAUCGCCGGGACCGGUCUACCCUAUCCGAAAGACCCUCAGACUGGCGAUCCGGUCCAUCACAAAUUCAACAAUUCCAGCUUCUUUUGUUUUAACGGGCCGGCAGAAAGCGAAGCAAGUAAUGACGAAAACACAUCUUUUGAUCAUUUCUUCUGGCGAAUGGGGAUAGAGAAUUUCAAGCGCUUCUUUUCCGUUUUAACUACGAAGAAAACACAGUCUCUGGUAUUAACAAAACAAGUGCUUGACGAGAGAAAGCGGCUGGAAGCGACAGUGGACGGACUCCAGCCGCUCAUCAAAAUCGGAUUGACCAAGAUGGAAGAGAUGAGGAAGACGAAAAUGGUUAUUGCCAACAGCCAAGCGCAAAUCGAAGCCAACGAAAACGUCCACUUCGAGGUCGAGGUCACUAGGCCAAAAAAAGUUGACAUUCCAGCCGGCCAGUAUCUAACCAAUUGUAACAAGUGCUAUGUUACAUGCCACAAUCCGUGCCAAAUCCCAAACGACGAAAGGAAAGUCAACUGUGAUGCCAUGGAUCGUUCCAUGCCAGAGGAAACUCGUACCUGUAAAAUUUGCCCUAAUAAGUGCAUCUGGAACAUGCACUCCAACCAAUCGUAUAGGUGGGAAUAUGUCAAAGAGAAGCAGGUCACCUCAUCAGGCACCAUUAAACAAAAAUACGAAUCAGAACGAAAGAAAAAGCUAACAGCCAAGGAGUUGGUGGAAAUUCUGGAGAAGGACGUCGAGGAAAACAACAAAAUUGUACUGGAACGUGUCGAAAUGGUUACUCAAUGCAUCAAGAGGCUGGAUGAGAUCGCCCUGCGUCCGAAUCCUUUCUCAACGCCCGAGUACAUCGAUUUGAUUAUAACCACCGAGCAGCGGGAAAAAAGUGUCGGCUUCAAGAAGAGAAUCGAGAGUUUGAAAAAACUGCGUCAAAUGGCUAUCAUUACCAGCAAAGUGAAAAAUAAUGAAAGUCUGAUGAGCUUGGACGAAAACGACGAUGAAAUUCCCGGAGACGAUUUGGAUUAUAACGGAGUUUCGGUGCACAGCAAGGCUGACCGUAACAUGUUUGAAAAUUCAUUUGUGUGAGAAAUUAAACUUUUAUAAAAAAAAUUGUCAAGUUUAAGUGGCAUUGAAUAUUCAGGUUUUAGCCAAGCAUUGCUUUUCUUUAAGUUGCCUUUUGAUUACUUUACCUGUAAUAAAUUACACUGUAGAAAAAAUCAUUACAUUACAUAGUUUCUCUAAUACAAUU